AUGGGAAACAAUUGUAUCUAUUUUGUGCUCUUGCUUACACUAGGUUACAGCCAACCCCCAACCAUUGAUCCUCAAGUACAGCAGUGGUUUAUGUCGGUGGAUACAGAUCGCUCUGGCAGGAUCACCGCCCGGGAGCUACAGAGAGCAUUGGUGAACACUAACUGGACACAGUUCAAUGACGAAACCUGCCGACUCAUGAUAGGCAUGUUCGACAAGGAUUUCAGUGGUACCAUUGACCUGUAUGAGUUCCAGGCGUUGUGGCACUAUAUUCAGCAGUGGAAACAAACAUUUGACCGCUACGACAUCAACAGAUCUGGCUCCAUCGAAGGUCCAGAGCUCCAGCAAGCUUUCAUGACAAUGGGCUAUAAUGUGUCGCCACAGUUUGUCCAGACAAUUGUGAUCAAGUUUGACCAUUUUGGACGUCGCUGCCUGACGCUGGACAACUUUAUACAGGCCUGUGUCAUGUUGAAAUCACUGACCGAUGCAUUCAGACAGAGGGACACUACCAUGUCUGGUUAUGUUCGUUUGUCUUACGAAGACUUUAUGAGUUUGGCUGUCUUAUAUAAACCUUAA